AUGGUACUGACACACGGAGGCCUUGGCUGGGUUGAGUGUGGGAUUCACACUCAAGACGACUCAUCCUCAGAGAGCGGGAGCGGGAACGGCAUGCACACCAUGACACCUCCGUCCGCGGGCGGGGCGGCCCCGGGGUCGGAGGGGGGAGCGGGUGGACCCCCUUACAGGGAGAUGGUAAACGGCAAUGGGCCCCCGGCCCCGCUGGACUUCAGCACCACCUCCUCGUCCUCAUCGUCCGAGGACCAACAGGCGCCGGUCAACCUGAGUGAGACCAGGCUGCCGGGGACGGCCCUGAUGGGCCCCUUCCAGCCCGACCCCCCAGAUGAGCUGCGCAGGAAGUACCCUGUCAAGCCCCUCCCCCAUGCCGCUGAGUUGCGCCUGGACAGAGACUCGAUCAGGGACUACGGCAACAAGUCUCCUCAGUACAGCUCAGGAAGCUACGACUCAUUGAAGAUGGAGACGUGUGCCGAGGACCUGACCGUGACCAGAAGUGCGGCAGCAGCCGAGGACGAUGACGAUGACCAUGAAGAUCACGACGACAAUGACAAGAUCAACGACACGGAGGGCGUGGACCCCGAGAGAUUAAAGGCCUUUAACAUGUUUGUGCGUCUGUUUGUGGAUGAGAACCUGGACCGCAUGGUGCCCAUCUCCAAGCAGCCAAAGGAGAAGAUCCAGGCCAUCAUUGAGUCGUGCAGCCGCCAGUUCCCUGAGUUCCAGGAGCGUGCUCGCAAACGCAUCCGCACCUACCUCAAAUCCUGCCGCCGCAUGAAGAAAAGCGGCAUGGAGACACGACCCACACCGCCUCACCUCACCUCAGCCAUGGCUGAGAACAUCCUGGCAGCCGCCUGCGAGAGCGAGACACGCAAGGCUGCCAAGAGGAUGCGGCUGGAUGUCUACCAGGCACAUGAGGAGCAGAUAGCACUUGACAAGCCCAGUUCUCGCGAGCCGGCCUCCCUGGCCCACUCUGCCUACUCCCUGGCCGCCUCGGCCUACUCCCAGGACCAGCUCUACACCAACGGUGGGCUCAACAAUAGUUACCGUGGUUACGGGGGUCUGGGAGCUAGCAUGCAACACCCAGUCUCCCUGACAACCGCCACUGCUCAGAGCAACGGCCCUACUGACCUCAGCAUGAAGUCCCUGGGGUCAAACUCUUCAUCGGCCAGCUCAAACAGUCAUGGGCGGAGUGCUGGUGUCAUAGGUGGCGGGGCCUCGGCACAGCUCAGCCCAACAGAGAUCACGGCCGUGCGGCAGCUCAUCGCCGGCUACCGCGAGUCGGCCGCCUUCUUGCUCCGCUCGGCCGAUGAGCUGGAGACCCUGAUCCUGCAGCAAAACUGAGCCGGAAACUCCUCUUCCCCGUCUCCCUGCUUCUCCCUCUUUCUCUCUGACUCUCCCACACGACCCCUAACCAACUACUCUCCCACUCACCAGAUCCAUCUGUUUGUGUUUCGUCCUCCUCCACUGACCUGUAUAUUCUCCCCGUCUCCAGGAGGGAGGCAUGCAACAGUGCUACCUUCCUCUAGUCUAAUAUUCUAACCCCCCCCCUCUGAUUGUUUUAACAUCAGUGCGUGGAGAGAAAGAGCACUGUCUGCGACGACUUGGGAACAGCGUUUCUCCCCCUCUUGAACCACCUGUAAAGGAACAUGCUCCCUCCCAAUCACAACAGCUCUGCCUCACUUCCACAGCUCUGUGGGAAGAAGAGGGGUGACAGGGAGAGAGCCGGAAAUGAGUCAACCAAGUGAUGUGCAGGAGAGUGGUGGGGCUGGAGCGCUGGAGAACACUGCAGGGUUGUGCUGUGAUGAGGAGAGAACAGCGCCCCCUUGUAUGAGGAAGAGAAGUGGAUCCUUUUGGUGUGCCAGUAAUCUCAAUGUGUUACUGUACACAGAUCCCAUCAACAAGCUCGCCAUCCCUAAUAACAAUGAAAACAAGACUCUCUGAACAGUAGUAACAAAAUGUUUGUUAAUGACAAAUACUUUUGAUUUGAGAUCUCAAUUUGUUUGUUUGACUACAAGAAGACAUUUUGAACCACUUUUUGGAUGAACAGAGGCUGAAGAAGGCUGGAAAGAAAGAGACAACUUGUUGCGCUCGGUGUAAAUAAACUCUGUGUCCUAAAGCACUUUCCCAUGAUUCAGACCUCACCUCCCCAUUGAGUAAUAAAGAACUCGAUGUGUCCGGGAGCAACACUUUAUCUUAUGCAUUAUGGAGAUGCCAUCUAUUCCACAUGGAAAUACCUCAGAUCUAUCAACCCACCGUUCGAGUACUUCAUUCCUACUUGGGUGGCGACGUCACACAACGCUCAUCACACAACACUCACCCGUUACUACCUGAUGUGUUCCGUGUUUUCAUAGACCUACAGGAAGCAAAGUCUUAACCAUUUCAAGAAGUUUCCAGAGUAAAUAUUGUAACUAUAGUUCGAAUUUAAAACAAAACAAAAAAGUAUUGUUUGCCAUGUUAUUUGUGUACUGUAAAUACUCAGUCCAUAUUUGAUUCUAGAAACACCAUGAAGAGAACACGAAAAAGCAUCAGUAAAGUGAAGGACUGGGGGCAAGGUAGUAUUUUCCGUGGGAGACUGAACCUCUCUGACGAUAGUUGGUAGUUUUCCUUUUUUUGGAGUUCCCCAUUUUUUCCAACCCUCUUGUGGCUCAUUGCUCUCCCAUCAAUUCCAGGUUUUGGUUUGUCCCGACUCAUCACUCGAUGAUACCCUGUCUUUGUCCGUGUCCGGUUCUGCAUUCCUCUCUCGAACCUAUCCCCCAUCUCCUCCCUGACCUGAGCCCCAGUCCAGCUCGGUUCUGGGAGGGAUAACGUAUGUCUUCGUCUAUUGACUCUUUGAGAUGGCCAUUAAUCCACGCUGCUGCUAUAUGUACCGGACUUUUGCCACAGACCUGUAACCUCAAGUCAGGACGCCAUCCUCCUGCACAACCAGAGCACCUCAAGACAACCACACAAACAAAAAGAAGCUAAAACUACUCAAAACCGACAAGAGACUAAAAUCUUACAUCCCAGUCAGUUGUUUCUCUGUGCUACUAGGCACUCUGGUUGAUCUUUUUCUUCUUUCAUAGGGCUGUGUUGUUUGUACAGUGACCUUUUUCUUUUUUUCUUUCCUCAUGACUUUGAAUCUCCGGAGGCAUAUAGGGAUCAACGUGCUCCUCUUGCAGCCACUCACAGGGGUGCUCUGGGCAUAUCUAUCUUACUGUGCAGUCAAAGUCUGGGAGGUUUGUACCUUUUAGAAUGAGUGUGAGAGAAAAAAAAAAAGUCAAAUGUUUCUUCAAGAGGCAGGCCUGAAGGGGCUGACUGUUGUGUCACUGUAAUUUGCUCCCUUUUGCACACUGAAGCAACUGAAAUCUGUGACGGAGGCCCUGCUUGCUCAGGGCUCCAUCUUGCACUGGCGAGGUGUGGCCUACUAAAGGAAAGAGGAAGAGUAUUUGCAAUGCAGUUGAUAAUCAUCCUGGCCCUUGACAGCAUAGUAUUAACGAAAAAUAAACAUAGUGUGAGUGCUACGAGGUUUCACAACCACCACUAU